AUGGGUCAUAACAAGCGAAAACGUGACGAAGGCGACGGCGACUCAGAUGAGGAUCCUUUGUACGGCAUGCGGCAGAUACUCCCAGUCGCAUCCCUCCCAGCGAACUAUGAUGGUGAACCUGUGGACGGCAUGCAGUAUCUUUUCACGGUUCGACGCGAUGCAAAGCUGUUGCCGGCCGUGACGCGAGUACCGAACCCAUAUGAACUUGACCCGCCUCCCGCCCCUCCCGAAAGCGAGCCUCCCGUUAACGCCGUCAACAAGGUGGACCCAGCCCAUCUGUCUGGGGAGUGGCGAGCGACCUAUAUCCGGAGAUUUCAGGGAUUCAGAAAUAACUUGAGCCAGCCAACCUCGGAAACAUCGACCCCCACGCGAGGAAAGUUGAUGCCGGAUAAAAAGGACAGAGAUGCGUGGUGGGACUUCAUAAGUGGUGCGCCGGAGUCCGUGUGGAAUAAAGCACCAUCCAAACGUUCCACAAAGCCCAAGCGUAAGAGCGGCGGGGGUUCACACGGGGAACUAGAUCCCUCCGAUCCCGACGUUAUCGCAGCGGGCUGGCAAGUCGUGGAGCCGUCCCCUCAACUUCCGUGCGACGUCAACCACCGAAACACGAUAUCAUCUACCACCAGUCCAGCAGAGGCAGGUCCAGGCUCCUCGUCAUCAACCAAUCCUCGCGAACCCACGCCCGCACUCGUUUUAACGAUGGAUCAUCGUAUGGCGAUACACCUCAUCAUGUACUUCACGUACUGGAUAAAUCAACACCUUGAGACCUCGGAUCGUGCGCACACUGCAGCAAUGGAGUCAUACACACCCCUUGAGUCUCAUGCGCGGUGGAUCUUUGCACUCCUAGCCCGCGUAGACUCAUACUGCUCGGCCGAUGACAUGAAUGGCUUGCGGUCCCUCGUACGCGCAUGCUUGGCGUAUAUGCGCUCUCGGAACACUCCCUCCAAUACGCCGCUUCUCGAUCACAAUGAUGGGGAUGAUGACAGCGACAUAGCGAGCACGCCCGGCGGUCAACCAAUCGGGCUACCGGCAACAGAAGAACCUGUGUACUCUGCAACUGAGCUACCCCCUGUCGCAGGGAAAGAAGCACCGGCUCUUGACAUUUCCUCUCGAACCCCGCCUUUGAUGAGUGCCAACUCUGUGCGCCUUAUUCUCUGUGCGGUGGCGGAUUUCUGGCAGCAGAGAGAUCUGUGGGCAGACGCCGAUGGAGUCUUCGCCUGA